AUGCUAGUGUUGAUGAAGGAUGGACUGAUUGGUGUCGUAUCAGUGACGUUCGAGUUGCCAGAGCUGCCGCCAGAGGGAUGGUGGAGCGUGAGGGUCAUCGCCAGAGGACAGAGAGAAGAGAAAAAAUUCCUCGUCCACAAAAUUUAUGAGCCGCUUUUCGAGGUCUUCGUCGAGAUGCCCUACUACGGCUUAGCAGACGCCGAGGAGAUCGAGGGCACCGUGACAGGCAGUUACCUCAGCGACAAACCCGUGUCUGGAAAUGCGAGUCUCACUCUCUACGUGAAGCAGCCCUGGACGCUUCCCGACGCUCACUUCGAGAGAGUCUCGUCGCAGUAUUUUGAAUAUGUGGACGUGGAAGAGGACUUCGCCUUCCCCAUGGAGUCUCUGCUGGCCCACGUGGAGCAGCUGGAGGGCGCCGAGGUGAAGGUGGAGUGCGAAUUCCAUGACGUUUUCACCUGGAUUAAAGCCAAGGGGAGCUCCAGAAUGCGCAUUAUAGCCAACCGUGUCCACCUUGACUUCGUGGGUUCUCCGCCUUUCGUCUUUCGCCCAGGGAUGCCCUUCCAUGCCACGGUGUCAGCCAGGUACGUGGACGGGGAGCCCCUCGAGGCGGAGCGGCUGGCGGAUUCCUCGCUGGUCGUCACCGCAACAGUUGGCACCAAGAGCGGCGGCUCCUACGCACUCCCGCAGGUCAUCGUUCCCUCAGCCACGACCGCCCAGCACGACCGGGAAGAAGCCAUCGCGACGCUGCGGGAGGCCCUGGAUGAGAGCCUGGCGGUGCAGGAAGGCGAGUACAGGACGGAGGCGGAGAUUCCCGACCUGCUGGACUACUUCGCCGGCGAUAACGUUUUCGCGGAGUACAAGGAGAGGGGCAUCUUUAGAUUCCAAGUGAACCCUCCAGCGGACGCCGUCAGCCUCUCCCUCGACGUCGUCUACAGUGACAGCGACUACCAGGGCGCCGCCUCUGCCCAGGCCAACCCUCACUACUCUCCAGGGGACAGGUACAUACAGGUGACGUCCAGCACACACGAAGCAAAAGUGGGAGAAUUCGCCGUCUUUCACGUCAGGACGAACUUCCACGCAGAGCAUUUCGUGUACAUGAUAAUCUCCAAGGGCGUGGUGAUUCACUCGUCGAAGGAAGUGACCGGCGGGGACAACGUGGUGACGCUCAGUACGACGGUGGGGCGUGCGAUGGCUCCUCGGUUCACUAUCUUCGUUUACACUGUCACGGGGCACGGGCACGUCGUGGCGGAUUCGAUCUCCUUGCCCGUCCAAGUGCUGGCUGACACGAAGGUACAUUUGUCGACGAACCAACAUAAGGACCACAGCAAGAAGACGGUAGAGCUUGUGGUAGGCGCGCCCCCUGGUUCCUUCUACGCUCUCACCUGCCAACGGUUUUUAAACUUUAACAAGCAACAUCCAAAUGCUCUUUCGCACGCCCGCAUUGUCGAUAAAAUGUCUGAGCUCGAGCCAACGCGCAGAUCUCUCCACUCGGUUCUACACAAAUCCCGCGAGGGAGAGUUUGCAGACCGCCUAGUGAGUCUACCAUCGCCUAGUUAUGGCCAAGAUGUCCUGGCCGCUUUUCAAGACGCUGCACUACUUGUCCUGACAGACAUCAAACUCCAGCUCACACCUGGAAACGUCGGUUCGUGCAAUCUUACAAGAGGCUUCUUAGAAUGCGGAGAUGGAACCUGCUUUCGACACCAUCAGCUCUGUGACGGCAAGGCUCAGUGUGCUAAUCAGGUCGACGAAAUGGGAUGUAAGCCACUGUAUCAAGACUUCCCUCCCGACCACAGUCAAAAAGAGAAUCACUUGAGCCUCGACUCGGACUCCCUCUUCAGGCUGCUUCGAGGAGGACUCAUCCUCGACGACUUCGACACGGAUGAUGUCGACUGGUGCAACGGCGAGCUUUGGAUAGGUCACCGCGGGCAGGAGGAGGUGGAGCGCGAGAUCGCCAAGACCGCCGAGGAGUGGGUCCUCGAGGCCUACACCGUCCACCCCGAGCACGGCCUCUCGUUCACUACUCAGCCGAUAUUUUUCACCGGUGAUCCUCCGUUUUACAUCUUGGCUGAGGCUCCUUCAGUGUGCAGAAGGGGAGAACAGAUUUCCAUCCGUGUGUUGGUGCACAACAUGCUGGAGACGACGGUGCAGGCGCUGCUGCUCGUGCACGACAGCGACGACUACCGGUUCGUCCACGUGGAGAGCAAGGGCCGGGUGUCGCACUUCCAUCCCAGGACCUCCAGAGGGCAGCACCAACACUUGCUCUUUAUCCCAGGAGGGAGCAGUAAGGAGGUGGUGUUCCCUCUGGCCGUCGUGAAGGAGUCAGGCGCGAUGGAGGUGACGGUGGAGGCCGUGUCGCAAGUGAGGCGGGACUCGGAGACGUUGGAAAUCGAAGUGAAGCCCGAAGGUGUGCCUGUAAGAAAGCACACUUCCCUCGUGCUCGACUUGAGAAACCGGGCCCUUGUCUACGAAUUCUUGGAUGUCGCGGUCGAUGAGAGUCCCAUCAUUCCCUUCAGCCUCUUCAGGAGGUUCCUGUACGGAUCCCCCGCUGGAAGGAUAUCCAUUUCGGGGGAUGUGUUCGGCCCCAUUCUGGAGGGCAUCUCCGUCGACCACACGGAGGUGUUCGGGGGACGCCAUCUGCGCAGCACCGACGGGGUGGCCUUCAACUUCGGAGCCACGCUCUGGACUCUGCACUACUUGAGGCUCACGAAUCAGCUGGACAUGGCCGAGGCAAAGGACUCCUUCGAAUACCUGACGGUGCAGCUCGCGGGCCUUAUGUGGCGCUGUCGAGAAGGUGGAUUUAGCAUGUGGGCUUUCACUCCGCCAAAUGUUUGGGUGACCGCACGAGUGCUAAACAUACUCUUGGCAGCACAACAUGAAGAUUGGGAGAAUCUGUUAUAUAUUGACCCGCGAAUCAUCAGGAAAGGCGUAGUGUUCCUGCUUCGCCACCAGAUGGCAGAUGGCGGCUUCAAAGAGGAGGGUUCUCGUGCACUGGACAGCAAGGCCAAGAAGACAGGCAAGUCGUCCUCGGUGCCUCUCACAGCAUUAGUUUUUCUCGUCCUGCACAAAGGCCUUGCUAGUCUCCAAGGCGGCACUCGCGACCAUGCUAUUCGUGGGCGAGUUCGAGCCGCCAGAUUUUUAGAGAGUCAGUUGGUGCAUCUGAACGACAGUUACCACGUGGCGCUGACUGCACACGCCCUCACUCUCAUGGGAAGCUCUCUGGCGAAUGCGGCAGCCGCGAAGCUGGAGUCCAUGAUGUUGACUGAUGGUGGAAUGAUCUACUGGUCGCGCACCCGCAUGAAGGCACACACACGCCGGCAGGAGACGAGCCAAAGGGCCUUCCUGCUUCCCCGAGAACUCCAAGAAUGGGAUUCGCACGCCGUCGAGAGCACCAGCUACGCGCUCCUGGUGCUCCUGGCGCGGGAAGGCGUCACGUCCACCACGGAGCGGAUCAUGCGGUGGCUCAACGCCGUGAGAGACUGGGACCGGGCGUUCAUGUCCACUGUUGAUACGGUGGUGGCCAUGGAGGCGCUGGCAGAGUACGCCUUCAUAGCUCGGCUUCGUGACUUGACAGAGAUCGAAUGCACGCUGGAUGUGACGUCAGAAGAAACUCAGUCUGUCCACCUCUCUAUCAGUAACGUUUCAACGGCGUCGUAUCACACCUUUGAACUGGAGAACGUGUGGGGCCACAUCAACCUCAUCGCCAAGGGCUCGGGUCAGGCGGUGGCUCAGCUGGACGUCUCUUGGGGCGUGGACGUCCUCAGGUUCAUCGAGCAGCCGCACAAGAAGUACUUCGACCUCAGCGUCGUCGAGAGAUACCACCAGUUCAGGAACAAGUCGCUCAUCACCACCACUGUUUGCGCGCAAUGGUUAGCUACAGAAGACAGUCACACAAGCCACGCCGCGCUGGUGGAAAUCGAAAUCCCAACCGGUUAUAUUUUCUUCCAACCCAUUGCUGAAGUCACUGCUUUAGGAAUCAAAGAAAACGGCACCUUCCCGGAAGUACGAAACGUCCAUACGACGAACACGCACGUCUUCUGGCAGUUUGAAUAUAUACCAUCGACCAAGAAGCAGUGUUUCAGCUACGACAUCCAGCGCUGGUAUCCCGCAGCCAAUCUAACAGCUGUUCGCUCCGCCACGAUAAUGGAAUUAUUUGCUCCAGAACACUUCGAGAUGGUGAUGAUCAACGCCACGCCCCUCGCCCUGCUGGACAUCUGCGAAGUCUGCGGUUCCUACCAGUGUCCCUAUUGCCCCAUAUACAGCGGUCGGUCAACGUGUGUUUGCGCCGUGUUCUAUCUCUAUGUGGUUUCUCUCCUGGUCGUUCUGUCGGUGUAUGCGAGGAGUGAUGUGAUAUUAUAGCACUGAUUGUUGCAGUGUUGUUGGAUUUUGAUUGUGCCAUGAUGUUUUUUUUUUUUUUUUUGUAUUCGUUGUCAUUUUUUAUUUAGGAUAAGAUGUGAUAAGAUAUAUUUGAGAUGUGUUGUAUGCUUUGUUUUUCUUUUGUUUUUAAAGUAAAAUCACGUUUGUUGUUAGUAUCAUGUACUGGUGUUAUUUUGUGGUUUGGAUAUUACUGUUACUAGCGUCAGUUGCAGAUCCGUGUCUGACGUUUUAUCGGUUACAGUGAAACAACAAUACCGGUAAUGAUGCUAGCAAUAAUAGUAACAAUAGCAAAAAUUGGCAAUAAACAAAAUGAUAACAGUGACAGUAAUAUCCCAAACAAUUUAUGUUUUAGUACCAGAUAAAACAACAAGAAAAUUUGUUAAGAGGCAUACAUGACAUAUUUGUUAUAUAUAUCAUUUAUACCAGUGAG